AAGGUGAUUGUUAUUGAUUUUCUGGAUCUUUCAUUUUUGUGAUUUAUAAAUUUGAUAUGUUGCACUGCCACAAGUAACAGGGGAGACUAUGUUUUUGAGGUUUUUCUUAAGAAACAUAUAGCGGCAGUUUUUAGCUGCCACUAUUUUCAUUAAUUAUUCAAAAACUUAAAUUAACGAAAUACUGCACGUUUUAGACAGAAAAAAAAUAUAAAAAAGAAAAAAGAAACACUAAUGGGGAAGUCAUUUUUAAACCGUUAGAUAAAAUAGUUAUAAAAUCAACGAUUCAAAUUUUCUUUCUUUCUAUUUUCUUCUUUUCCAAUUUCCCCUAAUACUCUUCACUCUCACCCCACACCCUCCCUUCUUCGCCUCUUCCUUCGGUCCACUCCGCCGCCUCCUAACCCAACCACGACGGCGGAUUCCUCUCGAACAAAAACUGAGCGCAAAAACUCUUAUUCGAAUUCGUGUGCAUCGUCACGUGCCAUUCAUCUCUCUAAAACCCUGCUCAAGUGCGUGCGACAGCUGCAACCGCAACACUUGUAAUCUCUUCCAAUUCAAGAAGAUUUCUCAGCUCUCUGUGCCUAUGCUACAAUGUAUGUUUGAACACUGAAGUUCAGAAACAAUAACUGCUUCUUCUUCUUAUGCUAAUUGUUUGAGCUGCAUAUACCAAUUCCAUAACCAUGUUAAUGGUGAGAAGAACCCCUUCGUAUUCUUUAGUAACCUUUUAUGUCCGCCGAAGCAUUGCCCAAUUUCGAAACCUCACCUCAGAGACCAAAAAUGGGGAUCAUGAACAUCCCACCAAAGCCCUAGAUGCUAAAGACUGCAACUUUGUCUAUGAAAUUUGUAGGAUUACCCGAACAAAGCCCCGUUGGGAGGACACCCUUCUUUCCCAGUACCCAUCUUUCAACUUUAAAGACCCCUCUUUCUUCCUCCUUUAUCUCAAGCACCAGAACAAUGCCUUCCUUUCCCUUCGUUUCUUUCACUGGCUGUGCUCUUCUUGUGGUUUCUCCCCCGACCAGUCUUCUUGUAACGUGCUUUUCCAAGUGCUUGUGGAUGCUGGGGCCGGCAAACUAGCAAAAUCCUUGCUUGAUAGCCCGGGUUUCACUCCUGAGCCUGCUUCCUUGGAGGGUUACAUUCAGUGUCUCAGCGGUGCUGGGAUGGUUGAAGAUGCAGUUGAUAUGCUGAAAAGGGUUGUGUUUUGCCCCUCGGUGGCAACUUGGAAUGCAUCUCUGUUGGGUUGUUUGAGGGCUCGAAGGACUGAUCUGGUAUGGACAUUGUAUGAACAGAUGAUGGAAUCUGGUGUUGUUGCUAGCAUUAAUGUUGAAACUGUUGGAUAUCUGAUAAUGGCGUUCUGUGCAGAAUACAAAGUCCUCAAAGGGUAUGAACUUCUUAAGGAACUUCUGGAAAAUGGCUUAUGUCCCGACAAUGUUGUUUUCAAUGAACUUAUAAGAGGAUUUUGUAAGGAGGGACAAUAUGAUAGAGUUUCUGAGAUCCUUCAUAUUAUGAUUGCCAAGCAAUGUAAUCCGGAUGUCUCUACUUAUCAAGAAAUCAUAUAUGGACUCUUGAAGAUGAAGAAUUCUGAGGGUUUCCAGGUUUUUAAUGAUCUCAAGGACAGAGGAUAUUUCCCAGACAGGGUUAUGUACACAACGGUGAUCAAGGGUCUAUGUGAGAUGCAACGGCUCGGGGAGGCCAGGAAGCUGUGGUUUGAGAUGAUUAAAAAAGGAUUUCAGCCAAAUGAAUACACCUAUAAUGUAAUGAUGCAUGGGUAUUGUAAGAUUGGUGAUCUUGCGGAGGCAAGGAAGAUCUUUGAGGAUAUGCGUGAUAGAGGUUAUGCAGAAACCACAGUUAGCUAUGGCACAAUGAUUUCAGGUUUGUGUUUGCAUGGAAGGACAGAUGAAGCACAGAGCUUGUUUGAAGAAAUGUUUCAAAAGGGAAUCGUUCCUGAUUUGAUUACGUACAACUGUCUUAUUAAGGCCCUUUGCAAGGAAGUGAAGAUAGUUAAGGCAAGAAAACUAUUAAAUUUACUUCUGGCACAGGGUUUAGAGCUAUCGGUUUUCUCUUUUAGUCCUCUUAUAAAACAACUUUGUAUAGUCGGAAACACAAAGGGUGCAAUAACAUUGUGGAAAGAUAUGCAUGAUAGGCUUUUGGAACCUACCGCCAGUAUAUUUGGAAUUGAAUGGUUGCUAAACAUGCUGAGUUGGAAGCAGAAACCCCAGAAGCAGACUUUUGAGUACCUGAUUAACAGUCUAUCACAAGAAAAUAGGUUGGAUGAUAUUUUGGUUGUUUUAGAUUUCAUGUUUAGAAUAGGAUAUAUACUCGAAAAAGGGACAAUUUAUUCCUUGGUGAGUAAAUUUAGCAGGGAUAAUUUUCAUUUUCCUGACUUAUGUUUGGAGAAGAUCUUAGAAAGAAAUUGAUAGUAGAUUGUGUUGUUUGUAUCUUCCAUCUACUAUCUAUGACCAAUAAGUGAAGAAUUUUUUGAGUUUCUUUUGUAAACGUGAAUUUAUAUUCUAUGCUUCUGUUUCUUUGGA